UCGAAGUAGUUUCAAAGCUCCUGACCGAUUCAAAAUGCAGUGGACUCGUGUCCGUUUUUGACUUCGUCCAUGAACAAAGUGAACGCGUCUACACGGAUGAUGAGCUCAUCGACACUUUCAUUAAUCAUCAAUCUAAACCUUUCACUAUUCUAGAAAGCUUUAAUGGCUCUGUAAUGUUAACUGAAAACUGGAAAAAAGAGCCCGUGUGCCGUAAUGUCGUUAUUUUCGGCCGUCAAUCACGAAAUCUAUCGUCGAUCUAUCGUCAAAUAAAGAGCCAUUUUUUCAUCAACAAAGCGGCCAUCGUAACCCAAUUUUCUCGUGAAGAAGCCAUUGAUAUUCUGUUUGAAAUUCAAAAUGAGAAGGUCUUUAUUAUACUAGAGAAACUCGGCAAAGAUUUGGAACUGUACUCUUGGGCUGCUAAUAACAAGACAUCUCAGAUCACCAUCGACGCCCAUGCAAUUGUAAACAGUAAUGUAAUUCAAACUGGAGCCAUCAAUUUAUCUGGAAGACAUUUGAUUAUUGGUACGGUGCAUAAUCCACCUGCUGUCAGGAUAGAUCCUGGACUGACCCCCGAAAUGAAGAAAACCAUCGGAGGAAUAGAACCGUCACUCAUCGAAACGAUGGCCAAUCAUUUGCAAUUCACUUACGAUUACGUCGAAGCUUCGCCGAAGGAAAUGUGGGGGGAAGUCUACGGUCAUCGAGGUAAUCUCACCAUCACAGGACUAUUGGGAAUGUUGGCCAGGAAAGAGGUGGACGUAGCCGUUAGCAAUUUCUACAUCAACAACAUACGAUGGCCUUACGUCAGUUACACUGUCGUCUACAAAUUCAGUUACGAAUCGUUUCUCGUUCCAGCUCCAAAACCCUACGCCAAAUGGAAGGCCGUUUUCUAUUCGUUCACGUUGCCCACUUGGUUAGCAACGAUCGCAUCGGCCAUUGUGGUCAUCAUGAUGCUGCGUUUAGUAGCGGUUGUCUCUUCGUUUCAAUCGGAUUCUCAAUUACGUCGGUACAACGUUUUCGCUGACUAUCCGUUCUGCUGUCUCUACGUCAUCGGCAAUUUGCUGAACGUUCAAGUCCAACCGCAGAGCAUCCUAUCCACGGCCAACAGGAUGUUCCUCAUAUGGUGGUUGUUUGGAACUCUUAUACUCACCACUGGUUACCGUUCGGGUUUGAUUUCUUACAUGACAUUCCCGUUCACUCCGCCUGCCAUUGAUACGCUCCAACAGCUGGUGGAUAGUCCUUUAAAGAAAGCCAGUUUCAGUGUCUACACGAUAGAGGCGUUGGUGAAUGCUAGUUCAGAGAUAGACAGGACACUAGGAGCGGAAUUGAUUCCGCAUUACAAUUUGACGGGCAUGUUCGUAUCGCUAGAAUCUGGAGAAUGGGCUGUGGAAUCUAAUUUAGAUAACCUGUUGUACACGGCAGCUACGAUGUAUCCGACCACAACGACUGGACCUAAAGUACAUCUCAUUAAAGACAAGAUUUUGCCUUCGCGUGUGGCGUUUGGUUUGCAGAAAGAUUCGCAAUUGAAAGUGUAUUUUGAUAAAAAGAUCCAGCAUUUGAUCGAAGCCGGAAUAGUCGAUCAUCUCAAAUCUGUUUUCGCUAAAAAGAUGGACAAGUGGAACCCGAAGAAAGCGAACAGCCUGAUCUCGUUCUCGCUGGACAGUCUGCAAGGAGCGUUUUAUUUGCUCGUUUUUGGAUUUGCUUUGUCUACUUUCAUAUUCGUUGCUGAAAUCGUUGUUAAAAUGUUGAAACGACCACAAGUAUAA